GAUAAAAGACUUGCUUCACAAACAGGGUCGACUUUCGAAUCUCGGCCAAGCUCGCAAAUCAUCUCAUGUCAAAGUAGAGGAGGACCUGCAAGCAGUGAAGAACACUUAUGUACUUCCAAACUGGUCACUGCAUAGGGCGAGCUUCCGUGGCAUAACCUUUAGUCUAGAAUGGAUAGACACAGGAACAAGGAGCGGGAGCGGGAUCGGGAUCGAGAUCGAGAUCAUUACCGAGAGCGGGAGCGAGAUGGGGACAGAGACAGAGACAGAGAGAAGAGGAGCAAGCGCUCAAGGUCGAGGUCUGUGGAGAGAGACAGGGAAAGGGACAGGGAAAGAGAAAGAGAAAGAGAAAGAGAAAGAGACAGAGACAGAGAGAAAAGGAGUAAGCGCUCAAGGUCGAGGUCUGUGGAGAAGAGGGCGAAGCGCCGCUCAAGGUCGCCAUCGGAGGGCAGGAAAAAGUACUCGGGCACAUCGAAAUCAAGAUCCCAGUCACCCAGUAGGUCUCGGCGCCACCAUAGUCACAGGUCACUAACACCUGAGGGAAAGCGGUCCGGGCGAGAUAAGAAGCAGGCCGAAGAAGAGGAGAGACAGCGCGCAGCCGUGGUUGCGGAGUUCGUGGAGGGAAUCGCCCGAGAGCAGGAGAAGCGCAUGGCGGAGGGAGGAGCAGGAGCAACCGAAGAAGAAGAAAAAGAAGAAAUGGAGAUAAUGAAGAAGAUGGGGUUUCCAACGGGGUUUGAUUCCACCAAGGGGAAGCCUGUGCCGGGUGCUGAUGUAAGCGGGGUGAGAAUGGUCACCAAAAGACAGCCCCGCCAGUACAUGAACAGGCGAGGGGGUUUCAACCGCCCUUUGCCUCCUGAAUGCAACAGAUAAUUUCUUCAUUUUAUUUCCUCUCCUUUUCUUCAACAUGUAUAACAAAAUUACAGCUAACUUAUGUCAAUUUUUGUCAUUUUCUCUAUCGUAUAAAACGAAGAUUUUGGUUCCUA